AUGAGCUUUUUUUCGUUGCUCUUUGGCAACGAUGAGAAGGCCUCGCAAGUAAAGGCUGUGCGAGUCCCCAGUGGAGGAACGAAUAACACCUCCCCACUCGCUCAAGUAGGCGGAGAGGGUUCGAGGCCAAAUAGGGCGAUGCUGAACACACCAACGGAGACGGCGUCUGCCAUAAAGCGGCAAUGCAACGGGGAACCAAAGCGGUUGCAGCGGCACAGUGCCACGGCGCCAGCGAAUCGAGAUCGGCUGUCUCUGUGGAGUCGACUGCUAUGUCGGCCCGAGGUGUACGAUCCGCACGUGGAGGCAGCUCCGCUGACGCAUCUGCUCGAUGUGGAGCCGGCAGACACGCAGCCGCAGGAGCAUGUGGCGGGCUGUACGGAGAGCGGAGGGGCUUCGUUGCAGAAGUGCUACUCCGUGCGUUCCUCCAGCGGAGAGGGGCGUUGUGCCGCCACCCCGCUACCAGAGGGAGACGACGAGAACUGUAAUGAUUCCGAGGACGCCGUUAUAUCAGGCUCCGUACUGAGCGCUAGCAUUGAUGUAGAGGAGUUCGAGGAGGCGGAGGUGCAGAGCCCCAGUGAGGAGUCCAACACAGCGGAGCUUCUUCUAAACCCGCAAGUCUUUCACGUCUUCGACACGCGGCGCUGCCGGGUGCGCAUGUCUACUGUGCUGUCGAGUCCGACCUCGGCUACCAACCUCCGCUUCACCACUACAUUUCCAAACGACAGCGGCACUCUCUCAAUGGAUACGACGGAAAGCGAUGCCGCGUCUUCGCGUGGAUCGGUCUUCUCCGCCGAACGACGGCUCAUCUCACCUAAAGAGUUAGCGAAGAAGCACCACCAGAGGCGUCAGCAAUCGAAGCAGGCCGCGAAGCGUGCUCGCGAGUACAAGGAGGCGUGGGCGGCCCUCGUUGCCUCUGCACAGCCGCACGCAAGCGGUGCUACGGAUGGCGAGGCGGCUGGACAAACAAAUGUGCGCAGUGCGGAAGGGAGCGGCCCGCCAAGCAUUCCCCCCACUUGUGCUUUAGGCACCUCCACUGUGACUUCGCAUCUCACCAAUGAGGCCCUCGAAUCUCUGCGUGAAAGCACGCAGCCGGUGCCGUACGAUCUACCCGUGCCCUUCCUAGCAAGGCUGUGCCACUAUGCACCACCUCCCAAGAAGGCAAAGGACGGCGCCGAGGAGGAGAACAACCGCGCAGAGAGCUGCUGCAGUCGCUCUAGCACCGAUAGCAGUCAGGUCGCGCUUGACGAUGAGCUGGUGAAUAUCGAGACGGAGCUUCCGGUCAUGUAUGGAGCCGUCUUGAGAUGCCGGGACUCUGCUUCAAGGGCGAGAGAACACGACGGCAAGACUUCGCCUUCUUGCACUCGCCUAACGACGGUCACUGCGCUACGAGGCAGCCAGCGCAGUCCAGCUGGGAGGUAUCCACUUGGGUCUCGCGCCUAUGUGGAGCGUGUACUGUUUGCGCAGCGCCGACAGCAGGAAUGGGCGCUGUUUGCGCUUCUCACAGAGGCACACCGACAGGCACGCGAGGCCCACGUCCGUCUUGCGCAGCUCUACUAUUACUACAUUAUUCCCAUUCUGGCUCAGUACAGGACUGAGGCCGAUGUCAGAGGACUGGAGCGGUCGCUGCUGAUGUGCGGCUCUGGGGCACUCCGCAUGUACCAUACGAAGUUCUGCCGCACUGUAGUGUACAGCCGGCCCAUGUUGCAGAGGAGCGCACAUGGUGAUACUUCGUAUUCCAUUGCCUGCUAUUUUCAAGUGCAGCCAGUGGACUACCAGCUGGUCGAGUACCGCUUUGAGAACCCCUGGCGAGAGCUAUUUCUGGAGGUAAAGGCAUACCUUGGCAUGCAAGCCCGCGAGGAUGCAAGCUGCUCUACCCUGCCGACACUUUCAGAGCCGGAGAACGGGGCUUCUGCUGUGGACGGCACUACUUCCACUGGUCACGGGUCUGUGUGUGUUGCGGCGACGGUGCUCCACUCAAUGGAGCUGUUCGAGCGUCAGCGGCACACUCACAGUGCUGCGCGGGACGCGGAGGAGUGGCUGACUUGGUACUACUACUACUUCACACCUCGUGUGCUGAGCGCCGACUCCGCCGAGAAGCGCGCUGCAGUUCAGCGGAGUUUGCUUCCGCCACCCCCGCCACCGUCAUCAACGCGGGUCUCUCAAAGGGAGCCGAGAUGCGGCAAUGACUACUCGAGGACCCGCGCUAGUGAUUCAAAGGCGCCGCAGCCAGCCCUCCUCGAGAGCGAGUACCUUCCGUUAAGCUGGAUUCGCGCGUGCAACACGGCCGAGAGGGAGAAGGUGCUUAACUACCGCCGAGACCUCAAGCUGAGGGUAAUGAAGAAUUUCCCCACUCAUCGGCCAGUCGCGCCGGGCUACGGCUCUACUGCUAGGGCUGUAGAUAGCCCCGGUACGGUCAGCGAGACAUCGUCCACUCUCGCGACGACUGCCACGAGUGUCAAGGCAUCUCGCGAGACGGUGUCUGCCAACGUGGCAGCUGCGUCAUCCGGAUGCCAAGCGGUGAAACACGUCUCUGAGAGUAGAGACUUGCUCAAUAGCGCGCACGAGACGGAGGGAGGAUGGCUGCUUGCAGAGCACGUGGAAGCAGACCUCAAGGAGGCCGGGCUACUGAAGCCGUCAGCAGAAGUACUGCCAGAGGGUGCGAUCAGCCGGCAGAGUCAUGAUACCGCUGAAGUAGAGGACGGGAACUCAGAGGAGACGGACGACGAGGAUGGUGCUAUCCCUACUGGUACCCACUGCACCGUAAGUGCUGGCUGCUUUGGCCUUUCGUUUUUUUCCAUCUUUGAGUGA